AUGUACGCCAUCUUCCGGGACUCGAUACACUUCGAAGAACGAUACUUCAAUGUGCGAUCUGUCUACAGAUCUGACGGAACCCUGAACAGAAAUAAAUCCAAUGUUGUUUUCUCUGGGCCUCCUCGCCCAGAGCUAGAAGAAGCAUGGGACAAUAUCCUACACUAUCAAAAUUUCCGUGUCCAAGAGCAUGAGCUUGGAGAGUUCAAAGGACAAAAGAGUCUCAUUAAACUGAGCGACGGUAGCGGAUACUACAUGACAGUUGCUGUUCAGCAUGCACUUCACUGCGUUCAGAGGCUUCAUCGAUACAUGUACAAGGAUCAUUACCACGCAGGGUUAUCUGAUGAAGACGCACUCGCCUUGAAACAGCAUACAGAACACUGUCUGGAUUGGCUUCGGCAAUACGUGCAAUGUAAUGCCGAUACAACACUCAUUCCCAUUCGCUGGGCGGCAAGUGUUCCUGGACCCGUAUCCAAAGACUGGGGAAAACACCAGUGUGUGGCCUGGGGGCCCAUUGUGGAUUUCAUGGCCAGUCGCGCAUUUGACCCUUUGCAACCUGGGCUACUUGUUCAUCCAACUUUUGGGAACCCCUAUGCAAAAGAUGAGGGAGCUCAUACUGGCGCAGUUGACUUGCAUGGUGGUGGUUUGUAUGGAGGUGAUCAAGGACCGGAUGUGUAG